UUCAUUUCCGCGAUGUCCUUCCUGCGUGCUGCCUUUGCGUGUACGACGGGUCUGCUGUCCCGAGGCUCGACCUUUGCCUUUGCGCACCCGCCUCCCAUGAUGUCCAUGCAAGUGCGAGACAUGGGAUACAAGCUGAAGACCAAGUCCGCCGUGAAGAAGCGCUUCUUCGUCAACGCGAACGGUCACAUCAAACGUGGCCAAGCUGGCAAGCGACACUUGGCCACAGACAAGAGUCGCCAGCGCAUUCGACGACUGGGACAAGCUGCUACCGUCACGGGUCAAAUCAAGAAGAACAUCCUCGCCAUGUUGCACAAUUAACGAGCUUUGCCGAUGUCUACACUAGUACCAUCAUCAUCGCGAGGCCAACCACAACUAGGCUUGCGACUACGUUUUGAUUGAAAGCCAUGUUGGACAAUGUGGCAGCUGUCUCGCUGCUUUCGCCCUUCACGUGUCCUUCGGUGGUAGUUGGUGUGGAAGAUUGUU